AUGGCGGCCUCGGCGCGGCCCGCCCCCGGGACACGCCCCGGGAACGGGACAGGGACCCGCCCACGGGACAGGGACACGCCCCGGGAACGGGACAGGAACCUGCCCACGGGACAGGGACACGCCCACGGGACAGGGACACGCCCCGGGAACGGGACAGGGACACGCCCACGGCACCAGGACACGCCCCGGGAAGGGGACAGGAACCCGCCCACGGGACAGGGACACGCCCCGGGACCGGGACACGCCCCGGGAACGGGACAGGGACCCGCCCACGGGACAGGGACACGCCCCGGGAACGGGACAGGGACCCGCCCACGGGACAGGGACACGCCCCGGGACCGGGACAGGGACCCGCCCACGGCACCGGGACACGCCCCGGGACAGGGACACGCCCCCGGCACCGGGACACGCCCCGGGACCGGCACCGGGACACGCCCCGGGACCGGCACCGGGACACGCCCCGGGAACGGGACAGGGACCCGCCCACGGGAACGGGACACGCCCCAGGACACGCCCCGGGACAGGGACACGCCCCGGGACAGGGACAGGGACCCGCCCUCGGCACCGGGACACGCCCCGGGAACGGGACAGGGACCCGCCCACGGCACCGGGACACCCCCCGGGAACGGCACCGGGAAAGGGACCCGCCCUCGGCACCGGGACAAGGACACGCCCUCGGCACCGGGACGCGCCCACGGCACCGGGACACGCCCCGGGAACGGGACGCGCCCCGGCACCGGGACACUCCCCCUCAGCCACCGGGACACGCCCCCGGGCACGCUCCCGGCCACCGGGACACGCACACCAGGACCGCGACACGACACCGGGACACACCCAUCGAUACCGGGACACGCACACCGGGACCGCGACACGCACACCGGGACCGCGACACGGAACCGGGAGACGGCACCGGGACACGCCCACCGACACCGGGACACGCCCACAGACACCGGGACACGCCCAUCGAUACCGGGACACGCCCACAGACACCGGGACACGCCCACCGACACCGGGACACGCCCACCGACACCGGGACACGCCCCCGGGCCCGCCCCGCCCCAGCGCGCCCCCUGGCGGACGGGCGGACUGAGGAGGGGACACGGAGGGACCGGGACACAGCGGGGGGGACACGGAGGGGACACGGAGGGGACACGGAGAGCACGGGAUCCCGCGGGACACAGGGCUCAGAUCCCGGCUGUGGGGUGGGGACGAGCGACAAACCCUGGGAGGACGCGGAGGAUCCCUGGUUUUGGCGGACACGCCGGGACUGAGCCGCUGGGAUUGAGGGACGAGGCCUCGGCUCCGCCGGAUCGGGAGCAGCUCACGGGGAAAGGAAUUCGGCUCCCUGGGCACGUCCCUGGAGCGGAACGAGCGGCGUCAGCAGGCUCCCGGCAGCUCCGCGGAGCCCAGACAGGAAGAAGCCGAGUGGGCACGGAAAGACCGGGAGAACAAGACACAUCACGUUCCCCAGAUGAUAAUGAGGGAAUGAAAUGAAACUGCCUGCGAGACCAAAACCCUCUUUCCUUCCUUCCUUCCUUCCUUCCUUCCUUCCCCAAGAGCUGCAUCCCCUCCACGGCAGCAAUUCCUGCCUGAGCGAUCACCCGUGGAUGAUCCAGAAAUGGAUCACACCCAGAAUUGGGGAACGCGGCUCAGAUAAUUCCUAAAGCUCUUGUUCCAACCCAAUAAAGCCCUGGGUAAUAACAA